ACUGGAGAGGUCACUUCCUGAUGAGAAGAUGUUUUGACAGACAGAAUUUGUUUACGCAAUAUCCGCUUCAAAACCAUGGACCUAUGGAUGGGAACUUAGCUGUUUUGAAGUGUUUUUGGUGAUUUAAAGAAUCAAGAUGCCUGUCAGCACAGCAAUAGACUUGUACCUUGCCAAGUCUGUAGGAGAACUGAACAGCAAAGCUGAAAUCCCACACAAAAGUGUGAUCCCGAAAGUCUAUAUUAAGACAGCAGAGAAGCUGAUCACGGAUGCAAACCGAUGCUGUAGCCUUGGCGACGAGGAGAAAGCGUAUGUUCUCUACAUGAGAUACUUCAACAUCAUUAGCCUGAUCAAGAAGAGUCCAGACUACAAAAAACAAAAGGAUUAUUAUGAUAGCCUGAUAGGGAGGAAAAAUCAGCUACAGGCGAUUGAGAAGGCAGAGACCUUGUCAAAGAGCCUGACUAACAGAUAUGAACUUCGAGAAGCCGAAGCUGUUUCAAAGAAACUUGAUGAAGAGCGAGAAAAGGCUGAAAAGAAAAGACUAGAAGAGGAGGCCAAAGCAAAAGAGGAAAAAGCACAGGAAGAGGAGAAAGAGAAACAGGCUAAUGGGACAGAUAAAUCCCCUUCCUGUGACAAAGCUGGUACCAUAACAGCCCCCUGUCUCUACCAGCUCAUUCAGUCCUCACCUGAUCAGCUGAUCAUCAUGGAUGCCCGGUCGUCUAACGAGUUCGCAGAUUCUCACCUGCAGCACAAAUCUGUAAUCAAUGUACCUGUAGACAUUAUUACACCAGGGAUAACAGUGCCACGUAUAGAAACUUCUUUACCUGUGGCGUCUAGAGAACUGUGGGAGAAGCGUGCCCAGAUGGAGUACAUCAUCCUAAUGGACUGGGACUCCACCCUAGACAAGAUUGGCCCUGGCAAGACACUGCAGACUCUAAAGGAUGCACUCUUUAAGUUUGACUCCAAAACCAUCAUCAAGUCAGAGCCACUGAUACUGGAAGGGGGUUAUGAUGAAUGGCGUUUGUAUUACCCUGCCAUAACUACGCAUCCAGUGAAGGACCGGCCGCUCUACACCAAACCUCUAUCUAACAUACCUUCAUUGGAUUUUGACUAUCCUGACUUAGAUGCAGCUUUUAUACAAACCCCAAGUCCUGAGGCAAAAGCGCCCAAUGGACAACUUCCUGGUAGUACCAUCAACCAAUCAGAAUCUUUGCCCAAUCUGCCGCCACAACAAAAAGCACGACCUUUUAUACCUGAUCGGACGAAAAAGCCCACAUUAAAUUCACAGACUUCUCUAGAGCAACUGAACAAUAACAUUUCAGAGAAAGAUAAAUCGUUUUAUUCCAGUUCGGCAUCAGCCACUGGCAAAAAAGCUGAGCUCUCCGCUGACAGUUCAAACACUUUGGUGAUGCAGCCGAAACCGAAAUCAAACAUUGUUGCUGAACAAGAGCGUGAACUGGCUGCGUUACAAAUCCUGCAGAGUCAAAAGCAGGAUGAAAUGCAGCAGUUCCAGAAAGAGAAGGAAAGGAUGGCACUAGAGCACAAAGCGCGUCUUGAACAGUUGAAGACACGGCAAAGCGAACUUGAAAAGCUGGAACGUAUGAAGCGUCAGCAAGAGAAAGACGUGGCCGACCUGAUGAGGAUGAAACGCAGGCUUGAAGAGGAAGUGCGGAUGGAAAAAAGAAAAGAGGAAGAGGAGAGACGAGAAAAGGCGGCUGAGGAAGAAAAGAGAACUGCUGAGCUCGAGAGAAUGAAGCUGGAAGAAGAGGCAAGGAUAGAGAGGCUGAAGUCCGUGGAGGAAAGUCGAAGCCAGAGAAAACUGAAAGAGGAAACAGAGAGAAUGAGAGAGGAAAAUCUGAAGAAGGAAGAGGAGGCAGCUAACAUAGCUGAGGCAGAGAAGCUGCGGCUUCAGACAGAAGCUCUGGAAGGAGAGCGUCGGAAAGAAGAAGAAAAACAGAGAGCUGAAGAAGAAAAGGAAACAGCAAGGAAGAAUGAAGAAUUAAAGCUUGAACAGCAGCGCCAAGAAAACCUCAAGAAAACUGAACAAGAACGGAAACGCCGUGAAGAGAUACGGCUCCAGCAAGAAAGAGAGAGAGAAGAACUGAAGAGGAAAGAAGAAGAAAGGAAGAAGAAACUUGAAGAACAGAGGCUGGCUGAAGAGAAAGAAAAACAAGAGCAGGAGAGGCUUAAACAAGAGAGGCUGGAACGAGAAAGGAAAGAGAAAGAAAGGAUGGACAGAGAGAAGGCUGAGGCGGCAAAGAGAGUAGCCGAGGAGAGACUCAAGCGAAUUGCUGAGGCAGAACGUAGACCCAAGCCUAGCCCCUCCACCAUGUUACCUGUGGGCUGGGAAAGGCGACUGGACAAAAACACCAAUCGUUAUUUCUACCUGAACCACAAUGAUGGAACCAGCCAAUGGGAUCCUCCACAGAUGACCUCUGCAACCUCAUCACCAGCCCAUGGUAAGGUGUACAAAACUAAACUAAGGGAUGAAGAAUCAGGGAGAAGCAGUGGUUUGCACAGGUCUCAUUCGUCCCCAAACAUCGCCCAGCUGGUUGAGGAUGAAGGGAACAAACGCAUGCCGAACUUCAACAGGGGAGAGAAGCCUACAAUAAGGCCGUUACCGUCACAGUCCAUGAGCCCUAGUAAUCGUGCCAUCAGUGUGAGAGCGGCUAGGCUGAGAGAUCUGAACCCAGUCUAUGGAAAUGUGGGAGCUGGGCUGACUGGUCUUCGUAACCUUGGCAACACGUGUUACAUGAACUCCACCUUACAGUGUCUUAACAACUGCUAUCCCCUCGUUAGUUAUUUCCUUAAUGAUAAUUAUUUGGAGGAUAUAAACAGGGAGAGUAAGUUCAGUUACAAUGGCGAGGUGGUGGAUGAGUUUGCUGUGGUGAUGAAGGCACUCUGGCAGAAGCAGUACAAGUACAUCAGCGCAAUAGACCUUGUGGUCUGCAGUCACUACAACUCUCUGUUUGAGGGGACGGAUCAUCAGGACUCCCAGGAAUUCCUCGCCUUUCUAUUGGACGGAUUACACGAAGGCUUGAACAGGAUAAAGUAUCGUCCAAAGCUUCCUGAAAUUGACACCCAAAAUAUGCCUGACCUCAUGGCAGCUGAGAAAUCGCUGGCAAGCCACAAACUGCAUAAUGAAUCCAUCAUAGUGGAACUUUUCCAGGGCAUGCUUAAGUCCAGAGUGACAUGUUUGUCAUGUGGGAAGACGUCCACUAGGUUUGAUGUGUUUCAGUAUCUGAGUUUACCCAUUCCUUCUUCAGCAUCACAGUUCACUCUCCAGGACUGUCUGAGAGAAUUUUUAAAAGAAGAAAAGCUGUCUGGGAGCUCGAUGUGGGAUUGCCCUAACUGUAAAGUGAAGAGGGAAGCCGUGAAGAAACUAGACAUCUGGAAACUGCCACAUAUACUGAUAGUUCACCUUAAGAGAUUUUACUUCGGAAAUUUGUGGCAAGAGAAGAGGAAUAAUUAUGUUGACUUUCCUGUGCAUUCUAUGGACUUGGAUAACAUUGUGGCUGGUCCACGCAAGAGAAAACCAUACAGUCUCUACGCUGUAGCGAAUCAUUAUGGGACCAUGGAAGCUGGACAUUACACUGCCUAUGCUAAGAAUCCUCUGUCUGGAGUCUGGCACAAAUUUGAUGACCAGGAAGUGCAGAAAAUGAGCAGUGACAAUGUCAAGACUUCAGCUGCCUACUUUCUGUUUUACACCUGUCUGUGACCUGAAUGAAACAAGCUUAUAGACAAGUUCCCACACAGAAUGACUGGUACAUUUACAAACAGCUUGUU